GGCGUGGCCUCGCGCCGCGCAUCUCAUGACGAGAGGUCUGCGACGUCAUAGCGCCUAGAUGCGGGGAGAGUCGCAGCAGCAGCAGCAGCUGAAGAGGGAGGAAGGCGAAGAUCGAAGCAGGAAGACGAGGAGGAGGAGAACGGGGAGACGAAGAAGAAGAACAACAACAACGAUAACGAGGAGCCACGGAGAUGUGCGACGUCACGGAUGUCGAUCAGCCGCCACGCGAGCGCUGGGCUCCGCUGGGCGCUGCGAGCAACAGCGGCGGCCUGAAGGAGGAGGCGACGGCGGUGGCGGCGGCUCCGAGCCGCGGCUCCGAGCCGGGAGAGCAGCAGCAGAAUGAGCUGCAGCGCAUGGAGGAGGAGCAGGAGCAGCUGAACGCGUCCCUGCUGGCUCUCACGUCGCACUUCGCGCAGGUGCAGUUCCGCCUGCGCCAGGUGGUGCGCGCCGACGCUGCGGAGCGCGAGGGCCUGCUGCGGGAGCUCGACGACUUCGCCUUCAGGGGCUGCCCGGACGUGAGAGCGUGCGGCCGGCGGGCCCACGACGCGCAGCUGCAGCACGACGCGGAGGGACUGAGCGAACGGGAGAAGCAGGAGCGCCUGGACGCGGAGCGGCAGAAGCAGCAGGAGCUGAUCGUGCAGCUCAAGGCGCAGCUGGACGACGUGGAGAGGUUCGCCUACCAGGAGGGCAGCUCCGACAGCGUGCCCCAAGCCGAGCUCAUGGAGCGACACAAGGUGAUCGUGGAGGAGCUGCGGCAGAAGCUGGGCAUGAACUUGCAGGACGACAUCGGCGUUCUGUCGACCGAGGAGCUGCGCGAGCGCGUCGACGCCGCCGUGGCCCAGAUCAUCAACCCGGCCAAGGUGAAGGAGCAGCUGGUGGACCAGCUCAAGACGCAGAUCCGCGACCUCGAGAUGUUCAUCGACUUCCUGCAGGAUGAGGUGGGAGCCCCACUGCAGCCCGGCAUUCGGCAGUGCACAUGUCCCGUGCAUGGGCAGCCCAGGGCAGGAGCGAUGGGCGCCGGCGUCCCAACCGGCCACGUGGACGCGGAGAAGGCUCGGCAGAUGCGCGCGUCGGGGCUGCACAUCCUCAAGCGGGCACUCACGAUGCUGCAGCUGUUCGCCGUCAGCCAGUUCGGCUGCGGCGCCGCACAAGUCGCCGGGGCCUGGUCCACCGAGCCGUCGGAUCAGCAGGAUUACAGCCCGCUGCUGGGCCGGCUCGAGGCGGCCGUGUCCAAGGUCCGCCGCCUGGCGCUGCAGAGGUUUCCGGACGGCUGCAGCGCCGGCUCGGGCUCCGACUCGGACGUCUUCUUCGAGGACGCGGCGGCCGCUCGCGGUGGGAGCGGCGCCGACGACGUAACGGUGGCCGUGCGCAAGGACCUGGCGCCCGCGCUGCGCGACCUCCUUUCGCACGGCCUGCAGCCGCCGCUGCGCUCGGCCUCCGGCGGAAGCCUGGUGCUGGCGCCCAUCGCGUGCCUCCUGCCGGCCUUCUCGCCGGUCAGGUCGUCGAGGGGGUCUGCGGCGGCGCCGGGCAUCCACCCGUGGCUGAUCUUCAAGGAGUACUACGACACGAAGAACGGGCGCGCUUACAUGGAGUCUCCCGCGCGCAAGCUGUCCGAGUCGUUUGGCUUGCGAAUAGACGGCGAGACCGGUGGCGCGGGCGGUGCCGGCGGAAGGGCACGUGGAGUGUCGGCCAAGCACGGCCUACUAGUGGCGAUCCACGAGGUGCUGAGCGACCACGACCGGUUCAAGCGCAGCGCCGACUCCGAGUUCAAGGCGCUGGUGUGCCGUGGCCUCAACGAGCAGCGUCUGGUGUCGUGGCUGAACCUGGUGUGCAAGGCCGGCACGCUCGUGGAGGCGCACUACCAGGCGUGGAGCUACAUGGCACGCACCGGCUUCGAGGGAGCCCUCACCAUCCUGGGCCGCCUCAGCGACCUUCAGUUCGACCUCGCCGCCGACCUGUCCGUGCGCCAGCUCAAGAACAUCAACGACGCCUUCUGAAGCGCUAGCAGCAAGCGGUCCCCUGGUGGGGACGAGGAAUGCCGUCCAGGGAUCGGAGGAGGUGGUGUCUUCUACUUAUUGGACUGCACUGUCGCCCAAAUCAUGAGCGGCUUAUUUAUACGAACGCGUAGGAUUUAGCGGUGGUGCUGUAUAGCUCGCUCCCGUGUGAUUUCAGGUUUUACCGAGUGUCUUUCGGCACGACGUAGGAACUGAAGAAGAGGACUUCAAGAAGCUCAGGAACUGAACAAUCUCACUGAACGUGGAGUAAAACUUUGGACAUCCAGAACAACGCCCGGCACAACUGUAAAACACACGGCACGGUGGUUUGUUUCGUUCGGAUUGUUUUAAACAAUUAAAGGCGUGGUAUCUGA